CUUUGAGUGAUCACCAAACAUUUCUAGGCUAAAAUGGUACUAAAGAUAUGAAAACCAUCCAAAACCUGUCAUAAAAAUAGGAGUAUAAAAUUGUACUUUCUACAUGUCAUAAGUUUCCUUGUUACAAUCCACCUACAUGAAUACUUAUAAGAUUGAAAGCAAAGACGAUAAACACAAUUAGAUGAAAUCAAGCAAAUAUUAUUAUAUAUAAUCAAGAUCGACCAAUACAUUUUUUUAUGAAUAAGAUCGACCAAUACAUUGUCUAAGAAACUUCUAGGGUUCACAACCCUAACUAUCGAACUAGUCAUUCUUGGGAACAAAAUGUAAGAAGUACAUAAGUGAAAGACGAGACUACUUGUGCUCUGUAAAAUGGUGCCCCUAAGCGGAAAAUAACAUUGAUGUCGCUAUUAUGUCCUCAAGGUUCUUAUCAAUUCUAGUUCUUGCGAGUUGCUCUAGAGGCAGAGUAAUCCAUGUAAAAGAUAUGUCUUGAAAUGUAGGUUGAGAGGUCUAUUUAUAGCAUUUCCAUAAGGGUUUCUCAUCGAUUUUGUAUGGUGGUAACUCUCCCAAUUGUAUAUCUUCUAAAUUUCUUUAACUCAGGAGGUCGGCUAAAGUUCCACUAAUUUAUCAUUAUAAUUUUGAGUAGAAAUGAGAGAUAUUUGCUCAUAUACUCAUAGUCUUAAAUAUCUUUAUGGUCAAAUAUAUAAUCUAAUAAAUUUAUGAUUUACCAACCAGCCAACUUAUUAGCUAUAGAUCAAUUAGCUCAAACGCCGCUAGUCGAGCUGGUUCGCUAGCAAUAUUGUCGAGUCAAUUCAUUAGCGAAGCCACCAAGAUUGACUAGCUCACGAGUUGAACUUAACAAGCCACCAAGUUUGACUAGUUCACGAGCUGAACAAUGAUAAGGUUAAACUCAACUUAUAUCUACAAACGAAUCUAGUAUCGAACGAGUAUUCUCAAACCAAACGCCUAGCCACUCAUGAACCCGCUCCAGCUCAUUUACAGCCUAGUUGUUGCCACUUUCAUCAUGUGCUGAUCUGAGCAUAAGAAAAAAGUAAUGGGACUAAAUUGGAUAAUCAGUAAAAUACAAACACCUGCUUCUGCUCUUUCACUCUCCUUCUAUCGUCUCUUCUAAAAUGCUUUCCCAUUUGCCCGGCUAUCAGGAAGCAGCUGCUAAUCUCUCUUAAACACGAUGCAGGUCGUCGGCAAUUUCAAUCCAGUGAUGAUAAUCCGAAGCCACGCCGGAAUCCACAUUCCCGGCUCGUCGAUCUUACAUCCACAAUUCCCCGUUUCUCUGUACCGCAGUCUCCAGUUGAGUUCCAAGUCCACGACGAUUGCAUCCAUCGCCGGUCCUCACUAUGCUGUCGCCGCCGACAGAGCUUCGGCCUCAGCCUCCGAGAAUCCGUCUCCAUCGAAGACGGCAACUCGAGGUAAGAAUCACGGAAACAAGCCCAAGUCUAAGUCUUCUCUCUACGCUCGCCCUAGUUUGUUCGAGAUGAAGGACGACAAAGUAGCGAAUCGAGCUAGGGUUUACGAGUUCCUGCGAGGAGUCGGUGUCGUCCCCGACGAGCUCGACGGGCUCGAACUCCCGGUCACUGCCGAUGUCAUGAAGGAGCGCGUGGAUUUCCUCCACCAAUUGGGGCUAACCAUUGAAGACAUCAACAACUACCCGCUCAUGCUUGGCUGCAGCGUUAAGAAGAACAUGAUCCCUGUGCUGGACUAUCUCGGCAAAUUGGGGGUCAGGAAAUCCGCUAUCACAAAUUUCCUGAGAAGGUACCCGCAGGUUCUGCAUUCCAGUGUUGUCGUGGACCUCGCUCCCGUGGUGAAAUACUUGCAAGGUAUGGAUAUCAAGCCGAAUGACGUCCCUAGGGUUCUCGAGAAGUACCCUGAAGUUCUGGGUUUCAAGCUUGAAGGCACGAUGAGCACAUCUGUGGCUUAUCUGGCGGGGAUUGGGGUGGCGAGGAGGGAGAUUGGAGGGGUUUUAACUAGAUACCCUGAGAUUCUAGGGAUGAGAGUUGGCCGAGUCAUCAAGCCUUUCGUCGAGUACCUCGAGAGCUUGGGGAUUCCAAGACUAGCUGUUGCUAGAUUGAUAGAGAAACGACCUCACAUUCUAGGGUUUGGGUUGGCUGACCAGAUUAAGCCAAAUGUGGAAACCCUUUUGGAGUUCAAUGUAAGAAGUGAAUCAGUUGCUUCGGUGGUAGCCCAAUAUCCCGAGAUCAUGGGACUUAACCUAAAGGCCAAGCUCCAUGAACAGCUGACCCUGCUGAGCUCGGUUUCUGGGUUGAAAUCCGAGGAUUUCGGGAGGGUCAUUGAGAGGAUGCCUCAGGUUGCCAGCAUUAGUAGGCAAGCUAUUCUGAAGCAUGUGGAUUUUCUCAAAAAUUGUGGGUUUGAGCAGGAACAAGUGGGGGCAAUGGUUGUGGGUUGUCCUCAGUUGCUUGCUCUCAAUAUUGACAUUAUGAAACUCGGGUUUGAUUUCUUCCAGAAUGAGAUGGGGAGGCCUUUGGAUGAUCUGGUUGCUUUCCCAGCAUUUUUCACCUACGGUCUCGAAUCCACAGUGAAGCCGAGGCAUAAGAGGGUCGCAAGCAAGGGCUUGAAGUGCUCGCUUUCGUGGCUUCUGAAUUGUAGUGAUGAGAAGUUUGAGCAGCGGAUGGAGUAUGAUACUAUUGGGAUGGAAGAGAUGGAAAUGCCGAGUUUUGACAUGAAUAGUUUGAUGGAUGCAAGGAGUGAUGACUCGGGCUCUGAAUUUGAGGACAGUGACGACGAUGCUGAUUAAUGACGAGUGAUCAUGAGUUCGCUUAUAGGUUCGAGGUUUUGAUCCUGAGUUAUUUGUCUGCUGAGUUGCAUUUUCCCUGCCGUAGAAAUGCUUAGUUUAGGGUAAGACUUUGGUAGCUGAAACCAUUACAGAAGACCUUGAAAGCACCAGUCCUAUGCAUUGUUCUUGUAAAAUGGAAUCUGAUUCCCAACUUAAAUAGCAAAGGUCCUCCUAUCCUGGUCCAUUUAGUUUAUUUCAUUGCGGCAAUUGUAUCCGCAG